UUUUUCCCCUACCCCCACGACGCCAGAGACCGAGUGCCUAUCAUAUUGACAGCCCUCGCUCUGAUCCAAACACAGCCAAAGCAAACUUCCCUGAGAGAUAGAAAGCAUUUGGUAUCUGUGGCGUUUACAGAUCCUGCAAUGGAGAAAGGGACGAAUUCACGGGCGUCAUCCGGACCUUCGUAUGAGGUUUUUCUAAGCUUCCGAGGAGCAGACACCCGUCAUCAAUUCACCGACUGUCUUUACCAUGGCAUGGUUGAUGCUGGGAUCAUCGUCUUUAGGGACAAUGAAUCCCUCCAUGUCGGUAAGGAAAUUGGCGGUGAACUUCUACAAGCAAUUCAGAACUCCGAGAUCUAUGUUCCUAUAUUCUCCAAGAAUUAUGCUUCAAGCCGUUGGUGCCUCCGAGAGCUCGCACAUAUGGUCGACUGCACCUCGAAAUCGAAUGGGAACAAAGAGAUUCUGCCCAUCUUCUUGGAUGUGGAACCUGAAGAUGUCAAGCUCAAAACAAACUUGUACAGACAAACCCUUUCAAAGCGCCAGAAGACGUCGUGCCCUGAAGUAGAGUCAUGGGAAAAGGCUCUCACUGAGGUGGGCAGGAUAAAGGGAUGGAACUGGAAGAAAGAUCAAGGCCAAGGAGAUCUUAUACAUUCGGUAAUUCGAACAGUUUCGGCUAAGCUGAAGAUGACACAUGAAAAUGUGACUGAACAUCUAGUUGGAAUUGGUGAUCGUGUAGACGCUAUAAUCAAAAUGUUGGACGUGGGAUCCGACAGUGUACGAUUUUUGGGAAUCCAUGGAAUGGGCGGUGUUGGCAAAACAACCCUUGCUAAGGUCAUCUUCAACGAACUAUCUUCUUACUUUGACCGAUGUUGUUUCCUUGCAGACGUUCGGGAAUCAUCAAAAGACAAUAAUGGUAAGGUAAAGUUGCAAAAACAAUUGUUAUCCAACCUCCUUGGUUCUCAUUCUGUGGACCAAAUUGAUCACGUGAAUGAUGGGAUCAACAUGAUGAACAAGGGAGUACUUACAAAAAAAAAAGUUCUCAUUGUUCUAGAUGACGUGGAUGACAAAGAGCAAUUCAAAACUUUAGCAGGAAAAUACAAUUGGUUCGGUUCUGGUAGCGGGAUUAUCGUAACCACUAGGGACCAAAGUGUCCUAAUGAUUGAGGGAGAAGCAACAAGUGAAGGCCUUGUAAAAAAGUUUGCAAACAUUUUGACGUACGAUGUACAGGAAAUGGAAUUUGGUCAUGCUCUUAAGCUUUUCAGUAGGCAUGCCUUCAGAAGAGACUCUCCACCGGAUCAUUGCGUCUCCCUUUCCAAAGACAUUGUCCAUACUUUGGGAAAUCUUCCUUUAGCUCUUGAGAUUACAGGAUCAUCCCUUAACAGUAAACCCGAAGCGUUAUGGGUAGACACAUUGAAGAAGCUACAAGAAGCUCCUCCCAUGGGAGUCCAAAGAAAAUUGAUGAUAUCUUAUGAAAGGUUAGAUUAUGCACAAAGGCAAGUAUUUUUGGAUAUAGCUUGUCUCUUCGUAUAUAGGGAUAAAAGAUAUCCUUUCUACGUGUGGGAUGCCUGUGGAUACUACCCACACGAUGCCCUUGAAGUCCUUGUUCUCACGUCCUUGAUAAAAAUCGAAGACGGCAAUACUAUCUGGAUGCAUGAUCAAGUGCGGGACCUCGGAAGAGAAAUCGUCCGUCAAGAGAAUUUCAACGAUCCUUGUGAGCGUAGCAGAGUGUGGAAUCCCGAGGAAGCUCUGAGCAUUAUGAAGCGGAAAGAGGGAAGUACGAAAAUAGAAGCACUCUCACUGGGAUGGCUUGAUGAUGAUGAAGACCGGAUUCAAAAGCAUGAUGAAUUUGCUAAUUUACGAAACGUGAGGUUCCUUGAAGGGGAUGGGCUUAUCCUUGUUGGAGACUUCAAUAAUCUUCUCUCCAAUUUAAGAUGGCUUUCUUGGAGCUGUGUUUCUCUUCUAGAGUUGCCUAAAGAAAUAGAAUGUCUACACGCAUUGAUAGAGAUUGUCACGCCUCAUUGGAGAUAUGGGCUUCGAACGUGUGGCAAUUUGCAAUCACUGUGGACCUUUGAUGUACCAAAUGAGAAGAUCAGAAAAUUGCCAUACUGCCUUGGAGAAAUAGUGAAAAUGAGGCGGUUGGAUUUAUCUAAGUGUACAAACAUAAAGGAACUUCCGGACUCGAUUGGGAAAUUACAAUCAUUAGUCGAGUUGGAUUUGUCGUGGACAAGUGUUGGUCACCUACCUGAUUCAAUUGGCAAUCUAAAGCAGCUGAAAGUACUUAGGAUGAGCUGCAUAAGUGGGAUAAGAAAAUUGCCAAGUGCGAUCGUGCUGUUGGAGAAGCUUGAAGAGUUAGAUGCUAGUCAUUGUUACAACUUGACCGGCGAAAUCCCGGAAGAAUUUGGGAGGCUAUCCUGUUUGAGGAUCCUAGACUUGUCAAAUACACAUGUAUGCAGAUUACCAACCACCAUGAGUCGCCUCUCUAAUCUCCAAAUACUGAAGCUAGAUCCAUGUCCUGAGCUCAAACAGUUGCCGGUGCUUCCCCCAAGUUUGACUUAUCUGAGUUGGGCCCCUACUAAUGGAUGGAAUUACUUCUUAAGCUUGACUACAUAUGAGCAGGAGACAGUCGCUGCUCUUCCCACUGGCAUUGGUGCCCUAUCUCAGCAGGAAACAUUUGUCACUGCUCUUCCCCGUAGCAUCAGUACCCUGUCUCAGCUGGAAACACUAACAUUGUCCUGCAAAAACAUGCAAUUUCUCCCCCAGCUCCCUUCUAGUUUAAGAGAGUUACGACUUCGAGAUCUGGCGAUGGCACAAUCGCCGGAUUUUUCCAAUUUGAAAAAAUUGUCAAUCUUGACAUUCUUUGGUUGUUCGAUGCCAGAAUUCCCUGGAAUAUUUGAUGCGGAGUUGGAUGUCCUUGGUAUGGAAUUCUGCAAGUUCAGAAAAUUGGACGCACUGUUUCAGUUGGAAAUGAAAAGAUUGAGAUCUUUAAAGAUGUCUUGGUGUUUCCUCCCAGAAGAACUUGAUCUGUCGCGCAUGAAGAAUCUGCAAGACUUCCAUGGAGAGUACGUUAGACCUAUCGAAAUUGAAAAGGUUAUGGAAGCUCAGAAUAGCAAAUUGUCCAAAGCUAAGAACUCAGAAACUGUGCGAGCUCCUCCGACGAGAGACCAUGAGGAGCACUGCAAAGACGCGGUGUGA